UUAAAUGACUGUUGACGUUUGUUUUGAUGUUUUUUGGGAGUUUUUCUGCUGAAAUAGACUAUAAAAUACACAUAUUUUAGUCCCAGUAAAGGAGAAACAUGUGGAGGAAAGCUUCGUCUGACCGGUUUGAAUACUUACAGACUCUGGUGACUGAGUUUCAGGACACAGACAGUGAAGAGGCAAAGGAGCAAGUGCUCGCUAACCUGGCUAACUUUGCAUACGACCCGAAGAACAUGGAGUAUCUGAGGGAGCUGCAGGUGGCCGACCUUUUCUUGGACAUGCUCACUGAGGAGAAUGAGAACUUUGUGGAGUUUGGGAUGGGGGGGCUGUGUAACCUCAGUAUGGACCCUGAAUGCAGAGACAUCAUCCUGCAGAGUGGUGGGAUCGCCUUGGUCACUAAUCGUUUGGCAAGCCGUCGGGAAGAGAUAAUCCUGUCAGCCAUCACUACGCUCAUGAACCUCACAACGCCAUCAUCACGCUCUGAGAUCACUGACCCAGCCAUACUGCAGUGUAUGCUGCGCUUCUCCCUGUCAGAGAGCCCACGCCUGCGUAACCUGGCCGCUGUGUUUCUGCAGGACUGCUGCAGCAAGGAGCAGGUGGCCCGAGCGGAGCAGCAGAUGCAGGGACAACAGCAGACUGCGGUCGGCAUCCCGCUGCCCAAAGACUAACACAUUACGGCUACUGUAAUGUUUAUAUGAGUUUAUAGUGAAUAGUGGCUAGGUUUGCUCUCUGUGAGAGUACAGACGCGGCUUCAA